AUUAUUUGAUAAGGUAUAAUCGUUAAAUCCACACAACGAAUAUAGUAAUUAACAUUCUAAUUGCGAUUCAUUUUUGCAAGAAAUCAAUCCAGAAAAUUUUCCUCACUUCUUCGAAAAAUCUUCAUCUAUCUACGUUGAAGAAGACGAUCAGAAUUGGAGUAAAACAUUCAAGUAAAAUAGGUAACUCUUCAUCGGCGUGCACCAGGUCCAAUUGACAGAGAAGUUCCUAUCACGUGGGUUCCCCUCCAAAAGAUAUUGGGGGAAUUAAAUAGACCUACCAAAUAAACCAUAUAGUACAUAGUAGUGACUCAACCUAAAUCAUGCAGAAAAUCCAUUUCAAACAAUGUGGAACUCCACCAGAGUUCUCAUCUUAACGUUUUGAGCGUUUUUAACCACCGAUGGCACAAUGUACCCAAAAUAACGCGAAGAUGAGGGGUAGUGUAGUUGAAUCCACACAAGUGUUUCAGGAGAAAGACAAAAUGUACGAAUUCUUCUUGGCUGUGUUAGAUUAUCUUUUUUCGGCAUUUGUGAUCACCCCCUGUGUAGUGGGGUGUUGGAGAAGCCAAUGGCAGCUGAUGGACAUCUAUUGUUACCCUGAGGAUAAGGUUUUGAGUGCGUCAAUAUCCACUGCCAUCGGAUUUUGCGGAAACUUAAUGUUAAAUUUUAUUCAAAAACCUAUGGAUCAAACUUUUCAUCCUGAUACAAAUCGUGUUUUGUAUUAUGUUGUGUCGAGAACGUAUUCAACGGUUUAUGCAUUUGUUUGUGUUAACUGGUUCAGAGGAGUUUGGCAACUGCUUGAUAUCUUCACACCUGGAGAUUUGCUGCCUGUGGCUUUAAGUACUGCUGGCGCCAUGGUGAUUUUAGCUGCGUUCAGGAGUUUGAGGAAUAUUUCUUCACCACCUCUGGUGGUGGCUACGGAUGAAAGACAUGGGUAUUUUCAAGUGUUGACUAUGUUCAGAACAUCAUCAAGUGAGAGAAAGAAGCUCUACAUCUUGGAUUGCAUAUUUUCGACUGCUGGUAUUGGCACUUUUGUAGUUGCAGCUUGGAGGGGUGGAUUUCAGCUGCUUGAUCUUCUCAUUUUUCCAGACAAUAAGCUAAUUUCUUACUGGGUCACUUUGGGAUUGGGCUACAUAAUAGUAACAAUAGCAUUUUCACUGCAAACUGCUGUUAGAUGGAUAUGCAAACACCUGAAAAUCAUUCCGAGACUGAUAUUUGGAGACACAUUCAUCCUGUUUUCAGCUACUGGAACCAUCAAUAUUUGGCGAGGAAUGUGGGAUCUAUUGGAUCAUUACUUCUUACCAGAUCAGCAAGAACUCAGCUGCUGGUUAGUAUACUGGGUGUCUCUAAUAUUCCUCAUAAUCUUAGGAUGCUCCAAUUCAUUGCUGGUAAGAGGAGUGUUCAUCGAUGCCGAAGAACCAGGAGGUGACAGCAUGAUUUUUCCAUGUCAUUACAUCAGGAAUAUACUUUCCAAGCAAAGGAAUCGAAAGAAUUUAGCUGUACUACAACAGGCUGCUGCAAGAGCCAACGCAGAAAUUGACGAUAAAUCGAAAAAGGAUAAUCAUAAUUUCAAUUAUGUUCACAGUGUACAAAUGAAAGAAUAUAGUGCUUAGUGAUGGAUAAAACUGUUCCAGUGUUUUUACGGAUAGAAUUCUAGUCAUUAGGUAUAUUACAAAAUACGAAAAGGAUGUCCCCGAAAACAUUUUUUUCCUGAUGUUAAUUUUGGGUGACACAAGUGCUAUAUUUAUUGAGAAUUGUAUUUAAUAAUUGUAAUUGAAAAUGUAUAUCAACAGAAUAAAUUUUCUGAAAAAAACAGGA